CUGGCAGAUCCAAGAGCCACCAACCAACCAACCAACAAAAACAACAAAUUUUUUGAAAUUAGUUCUAGUGAGUCUGUGAAAGUGUUUGCGACGAUCGACAUACUCGCGCUCUGCUCCUUAACUAAUAGCGAACAAACAAAAUAUAAAAAGAAAAAAAAUUUAUAAUAAAUUCAAAAAGUAUAGUAACAAAAAGAAAAAACCAUAAAAAAUACAAAAUAAUCAGCAAGCAAUAACGAAAGUUUUUGUAAAUUUUAUCGUUGUUGUUUUUGUAAUUGCUGUUUUUUUUUCGUGGUUGAUAUACGUUUUGUUUUCUUCUUCUACAUUUUUAAUUUUAUUGUUGUUGUUAUUUUUGUACAUUAUUUUAUAAGCUUACAAGACGAACGAGUGUGCUGUGUGUAUGGAACAAUUGAAAAUUUCUAAACAAACGUAGUCGUUGUCGAUCAGUUUUACGUAAAAAUUUCACUGAAUCGGUUUGAAUUCGUUAGCGGCAGAAACGCAGAAUAUAAGAAAAAUACAAAAAAAAAAUAUUCAAAAAAAUAAUAUAAAAAGUACGACGUUAGAUUUUAAAUUAGUUUUUAUUAAAAAAAAAAUAAAAAUUAAAACUAUUAGUUCAAAAAGAAUAACGUGUGUUAAUAACAUUAUUUGAAAAAUCAAAAAAAAAUUCUUAAAAGAGCGUAACAAAAACAGUGCAAAACGCACAUUUAUAAAUCUGUGAGCAAAAACAAAAAAGGAAUAAAAAUGUCGCACCAGUGCAGUUGUGGUCGUGAUUUGAACAAUAAUUACGUCUCCUAUACGAAUGCGUACGCAAAUGCGAAUUCGACCAUCGAUCGUGAAGCCAAUGCAACACUGUCUGGCUCAAAGUCUAAUGCGUCAUCGAAGUACACCAUGAAUACGACACGUACUCCUGGUGGACAGACACAGCUAACUGCGAAAGUAAUGUUCGGCACUGUGGGCGCCAUUAAGGAGCUGCGUGAAAAGGAAAAAUCAAGGCAUGCCGCUACACGUGCUGGGGAACGCAGAAAUUGAUACACAUCCGAUAAGUAGCGAUAAUUCCGAAGCGCAAUGAUCCAAAAAAACUGAAAGAUGUGAAGAUAUAUAAACGUAUUUUAAGGACACAUUGGCGAAAGCUACAAAAUACCUGGUUUAUGUGUGUAGAUUCUUUGUGUAGUAGUGCAAAGAAAUAUUUGCUAACAAAUUACGCCUAAUUAGCAAAUAUGAGUGAAUGUAUGUAAAAAAUAUUAAUAAGAAAAAUCAAUAAAAAAAUGUUAAAAUUUGUACAACAACAACUACAUAAUAGAUCUUAAAGCUUUUAGUAGG